AUGGAGGCACCAGACCCAAUCCAACCUAAAGUUUACAAAUUUGCAGAAAAGCUAUACAGUUUUUCGGAACACGCAGAGAAGAAAAAGGUAAGAACAUUGCUCCCCACUAUGAUGUCUAGCUCUCAGAAAGUCCCUGACACUCCCAUGAACGAGCCAAAAAACAUUGGAAAUGUGCAUGACUAUUCCCAAGCUGAAAGAGACAUUCCCGAACUUUACACAGUAAAACCAGUAAACAAAGAAGUCUCGAUUUUCACUAAAUUUGCGGAAACUACCGGUGGCGAGGUGACUAAAGAGAAAACUGAUAUCUUCGAGGAAAUCAUGCAAAACGAGUUUGGAGAUACUAUGGUGGACCACCCCCUCGACAUGUCAUCGAAAGGUACAUUUGACAUCAUUCUUAAAUUCUGCAAAAAGACGAACGACCCUGCAAAGGAAAAGGAGAAGCAAUUAGAUUUUCCAUAUGCACGAGACAGAGCAACGAAUUACCGAGAAAUAGUCGACACUAUGAUUAUGAAAGAAAUCGACCAAGAGAAGUUCACACUACUCGACUCGAUUGCUAGUGUUAGCUCGUUACAAAACUCGUUUAUGAAAAUCAAAGAGGAUAUGUGCGCAUUGUCGGAAAGACUGCAUGCGACACAAGAGAAUGUCCGAUGGUUGAUGACGGGGAACAUGAAAGAAUACCAGAAGUAUCAAAACAUUAGAAGUGUGAUGGACAAAAUGCACGCGAUCAAUGAUGUUAUUAAAAUAGUGAGUGAUGUUGAUGAUCUUGUAGAGGAAAAGGAAUACAAAGAAGCAAUCAAUUUGAUUAACAACGGACUUGAUAUCAUCGAUUGUAAGUUAGCCGGCAUUAGAUGUGUGAGCAAAGACGAAUUAUACUUGAAACAGACGAAAGCGCGACUGGAGAAGUUUUUAAAGAACCCCGAGAAAUUUGUGUUUGAGCUCUUCACACGAAUUCAGUUGAUCGACGAAGUCAUUUACAACAUCAGUCGAAAGGACGUCAGAGAAGAAUUCAAAGAACUUAUCCCACAGAUUGUGAUGCUCUUCAAGAAUGUUAUCAGGUCGAACGGACAAGAAGAUUUUGUUGAAAAGUACAUCACAAGUAUUGAAGGAGUCGAACACGAGCUGUGCUAUGGAUGCUUACCACUCGAAUUUCUAAAGAAAGAGGAGUAUUUAAAUUUGAUGAUGACAAAGCAAAGCGACAGCGAACUUACUUUAGAGAAGAAUGUCAACUUGAAGAAGUUUAUCAUGAAACUCAGUAUCAACGAGUUCAUGAGCUACUUUUUUAACAUGAUGAAUAAAUUGGAAGAGAUCGUUGUGCGUGUAGAGAUGGUGCAAGAGAUAUAUGACGAAGUCAAAAAGAAUGCGGGAGUGAUUGGUAUUGAUACAGAAAUGAACAAAGUGAAGGAGAGGGUUGAGGACAUCAUUGUCGAAUACGCCAUGCUGAUGCUGAGUUACGCCAAUUUGCGAAACUUGAAGAGGGAUGAGUAUCAACUUUUUGAGAAGAAGUACAUUGCAAUGAUCGAUGAAUUACAAGGAGUUGUGAAAGGCACAUUUAAUAAAGUGAAUAAGAUUCGAACAACGUUCUUCCAGAUGUACUUUAGUACGUUGUAUAUCUGUGGGUUUGACGAUAUGCUCAAAUUCAUUAAGAUAGAACAAUUUGUUGCGCUCACUGAUUCGAUGAAUGUCAUUGAACUUGUGAAAGGACUGACGCAAUUGAUCAAUCCCAACGAUGUUUCUUGUCGCACAUUAAAAGUGAAUGAACAGGUCAUGAGAUAUCAAGGAGAGAAUUACAUGAUCAUAGCUUCAUUGGAUAACGUUUGUCUGUUUAUAAGCUCGUUUUUGGAAGGGUUUUCGUUGAACGAAGGAGGAGUCAAUGAGAUGGUGUUUGAAAAGGCGAAUCAAGUGUUUCGAGCGUGGGUGGAGAAUAUGAAGAUGUAUUACUUUGUCAAUUUGAUAGCGUCUGAUGUACCAGACGAUUAUUGUUGGAGAUGUAUUUGUGUGCAUCAGUCUGUCCAAUUUCUUGUGAGGAUGAUGGAAUUGUUGACAACUGGAUUUAUGAAAUCAAAUGAGGAAUUUACAAUGAUCCAAGACGACUUCGCAACAGAGAUGAAAAGCAUUCGGACACAAAUAGUUCAAUUCUUCCGACUUACUGUACGAAAAUAUAUGUCAUCGAAAGCUGAGGAGAUGGAAGGAGUUUCUGUGGCGAAACCACUCCCUACGCCACCAAAAGGAAAAGACCCAAGAAAGAAACCACUUCCACCUUCACCUGUAGUGAAGAAGGGGAAGGAGUUGGGGAAGAUCACUGAUGUCUCUGAAAAGUUGAAUAAAGACAUCAACCUUCUUGUCAAGAAGUACUUCAGUGACGAGUUUCAAAAAGAAAUUGUCGAAGAAGAGAGCCUUGCGUUGAAAGCAAUUGAAGACGAAUUUGUCGAAAGUUUGAAAGAACCGAAUUUCCAGACAAAAGUUGUUUCGGAUAUUGAAUUCUUGAAGGAUGAGGUUGUGUUAAAGCUGGGCAAAUAA